AUGGAUUCCUCUUUCUUCCCCUUCCUGGAUUCCGAUUUCUCAACGGAUUCUUCCUUCGGAUCAUCUGAUUCUCUCUCAUGGGAUGGUCUAAACUCUAACAAUUCUCUCCCUUUCGACGAAAACGACUCUGAAGAAAUGCUUCUCUAUGGUGUUCUAGCAGAAGCUGCUGCACAAAAAACAUCCCAAACAACAAUUUCCUCCCACAGAAUUACGAAGGAAGAUGAAGUUACUUCUAAUUCGAAAGAAGAACCCGAAAAAGAAAAAUACUACAGAGGAGUUAGAAGGCGGCCAUGGGGCAAAUUUGCAGCAGAAAUAAGGGAUUCAACUAGGAAUGGCAUAAGGGUAUGGUUGGGCACAUUUGACAGUGCAGAAGCUGCUGCUUUGGCUUAUGAUCAAGCUGCUUUUUCGACUCGCGGUCCGGGUGCUAUUCUGAAUUUUCCAGUUGAAAGAGUUUGUGAAUCUCUCCAUGACAUGAAGUGUAUUGCUGAAAAUGAGUGUUCCCCAGUGUUGGCUCUGAAGAAAAGGCACUCCAUGAGAAGGAAAAGUAAGAGCAGAACAGGAAAAGGGAGAGAAGUGAAGAGAGAGAAUGUGGUGGAGUUUGAGGAUUUGGGUGCUGAUUAUUUGGAAGAACUUUUGAAUUCAUCUGAGAUCUCUAGACCUUUGUGA